AUGGCAGCAGCCGCCGCCUCGCCGGCGUCGUCGAGCGCGCCCUCGGCGGCGCUGAGGUGCGACCGGGCCUCGCGGCGCGGCCUCCUGGUGCUGCUGACGGCCGCCUGCUGCUGCAGCUGGCUCCUGGCGCAAGGCCAGCGGCCCGCCGACACCCCCUCGGAGUACGCCCACUCCAUCCGCAUCGACGGCGACGUCAUCCUGGGCGGCCUGUUCCCGGUGCACGCGCGCGGCGAGCGCGGCGUGGCCUGCGGCGAGCUGAAGAAGGAGAAGGGCAUCCACCGGCUGGAGGCCAUGCUCUUCGCCAUCGACCUCAUCAACAAGGACCCCGAGCUGCUGCCCAACGUGACGCUGGGCGCGCGCAUCCUGGACACGUGCUCGCGCGACACCUACGCCCUGGAGCAGUCGCUCACCUUCGUGCAGGCGCUCAUCGAGCGCGACGGCUCCGACGUGCGCUGCGCCAACGGCGACCCGCCCAUCUUCACCAAGCCCGACAAGAUCGUCGGCGUCAUCGGCGCCGCCGCCAGCUCCGUCUCCAUCAUGGUCGCCAACAUCCUGCGGCUCUUCAAGAUUCCUCAAAUCAGCUACGCGUCGACGGCGCCGGACCUUAGCGACAACACGCGCUACGACUUCUUCUCCCGCGUCGUGCCGCCCGACUCCUACCAGGCGCAGGCCAUGCUGGACAUCGUCACGGCGAUGGGGUGGAACUACGUGUCCACGUUGGCCUCGGAGGGCAGCUACGGCGAGAGCGGCGUGGAGGCGUUCGUCCAGAUCUCCAGGGAGAUCGGUGGUGUGUGCAUUGCGCAGUCGCUCAAGAUCCCCCGCGAGCCGAAAUCCGGCGAGUUUUUCAAGAUCAUCGACCGGCUGAUGGAGACCCCCAACGCUCGGGCCAUCAUCAUGUUUGCAAACGAGGAUGACAUCAGACGAGUCCUGGACGCCGCCAGGCGCAGGAACCACACGGGUCACUUCCUGUGGGUGGGCUCUGACAGCUGGGGCUCCAAGAUCUCGCCGGUGGAGGGCCAGGAGCUCGUGGCCGAGGGCGCCAUCACCAUCCUGCCCAAGCGCGCCUCCGUGGAAACUUUUGAUCGCUACUUCAAGAGCCGCUCGCUGUCCAACAACAGGAGGAACGUGUGGUUCGCCGAGUUCUGGGAGGAGAACUUCAACUGCAAGCUGGGCAUGCACGGCAAGCGACCCGGAAGCCCCAAGAAGUGCACAGCUUUGGAGAAAGUGGGCAAGGACUCGUCCUACGAGCAGGAGGGCAAGGUCCAGUUUGUGAUGGACGCCGUGUACGCCAUGGCCCACGCACUGCACCGCAUGCACAAGGAGCUGUGCUACGGCUACCCGGGCCUCUGCCCCCGCAUGAGCAACAUCAACGGCAAGGAGCUGCUGGGCUACAUCCGCGCCGUCAACUUUAACGGGACUGCUGGGACCCCCGUGGUGUUCAAUGAGAAUGGGGACGCGCCAGGACGCUACGACAUCUUCCAGUACCAGAUGAACAACAGGUCCACCGCCGAGUACAAAGUCAUCGGCCACUGGUCCAACAAUCUGCACUUGAACGUGAGCGUCAUGCGCUGGCGGACGCGCGACCCCCUGCUGCCGCUGUCCAUCUGCAGUGCCCCGUGCCGCACGGGCGAGCGCAAGAAGAUCGUCAAGGGCGUGCCGUGCUGCUGGCACUGCGAGCGCUGCGAGGGCUACCACUUCCAGGCCAGCGAGCUGACGUGCGAGCUGUGCCCGUACGAGCAGCGCCCGGACGCCAACCGCACGGGCUGCCAGCCCAUCCCCAUCAUCAAGCUGGAGUGGUACUCGCCCUGGGCCGUGGUGCCCGUCUUCGUCUCGGUGCUGGGCAUCCUGGCCACCACCUUCGUCAUCGUCACGUUCGUCCGCUACAACGACACGCCCAUCGUGCGCGCCUCGGGCCGCGAGAUGAGCUACGUGCUGCUGACCGGCAUCUUCCUGUGCUACGCCAUCACCUUCCUGAUGAUCGCCGCGCCCGACGUGGCCGUGUGCUCCUUCCGCCGCCUCUUCCUGGGCCUGGGCAUGUGCUUCUCGUACGCCGCGCUGCUGACCAAGACCAACCGCAUCCACCGCAUCUUCGAGCAGGGCAAGAAGUCGGUGACGGCGCCGCGCUUCAUCAGCCCCGCCUCGCAGCUGGUCAUCACCUUCAGCCUCAUCUCCGUGCAGCUGCUGGGCGUGCUGGUGUGGUUCGCCCGCGACCCGCCGCACAUCCUGGUCGACUUCGACGAGCAGCGCGCGCAGGACCCGCUCAAGGCCCGCGGCGUGCUCAAGUGCGACAUCUCGGACCUGUCCCUCAUCUGCUCGCUGGGCUACAGCAUCCUCUUGAUGGUCACAUGCACUGUUUACGCCAUCAAGACGCGGGGCGUGCCCGAGACCUUCAACGAGGCCAAGCCCAUUGGAUUUACUAUGUACACUACCUGCAUCAUUUGGCUAGCUUUUAUACCCAUCUUCUUCGGAACGGCACAGUCAGCAGAAAGGAUGUACAUCCAGACGGCCACGUUGACCAUCUCCAUGAGCCUGAGCGCCUCGGUGUCGCUGGGGAUGCUCUACAUGCCCAAGGUGUACAUCAUCAUCUUCCACCCGGAGCAGAACGUGCCCAAGCGCAAGCGCAGCUUCAAGGCCAUCGUCACCGCCGCCACCAUGUCCGGGAAGCUGAGCCAGAAGGCCGGCGACCGGCCCAACGGAGAGGUCAAGACGGAGCUUUGCGAGAGCAUGGAGACCAACACUUCCUCCACCAAGACGACGUACGUCAGCUAUAGCAAUCAUGCCAUCUGAGUGGGGGACACAACCACGGAGGGACCCCCCCCCACACACCCACCCCUCCACCGAGGACACCCCCCCUCCCCCACAUGAGGAACCGUCCUGCUUUUUUUUCGUCGCGAGGAGGAGGAGGAAGAGGAAGAGGAGGAGAGCUUUCUGUAAGCGAGCGAAUGAGCAAGCAUGAGACUUUUUUUUCUAACAUCUCUCCCCAGCAUUGAAUCUCCAGCCCCAGUGGUGGGGGACGGGA